UUGAGUCUCCAAGCAGUCGAAACCGAGUCCCCAGAAAUUUCCGAAAAGAAAUCCCAGAAAAAGUGAUUGAAAAAAAAAAAAGUCUCUCAUACCACAAACCCCCGAGUAAAUUUGAAUAAAUAAAAAAAUAAACAACCCCUAGGAUUCCGGUGAGUGGUGCGAAGUAGGGAUUGGGGUCGGUGAGAAGAAAAAUAAAAAAUAAAAAAAAAAUAAACAGAGGAAUUGAUUCGUCGAGGGGCAGUUGUUUGGGCGUCUGAGGGGGUGGUGAAAGGGCUAAAUCCACCUCACCCUCGGUUCCUCUGAUCUAUGGCGGGGUGUACAGGGGUCUACGACGUCCCAUAAAAUAUUCACUGACACAUUUUAAUUGACGAAGUGAAAUUCAAGAGAGAAGUGAUAAUACUCGGAUAAUUCAGUUGAGGGGGUGAUUCGCCUGUUUCUCCGGGUCAUUAUCAAGAUUUUAGGGGUGUUUAGGGGUGGUUUAAUAUGAUUACCAUGUAUACCGUUGCUGAGGAUCACAUGGGGGAGAGCGAGAUUGCACAGGUCAUAGCGUUCAUAUGUGGAGUAAUAGUGAUAAUCCUAAUGAUAAUGGGACUCGCCUCGAACGACUGGUUAAUGGCUAUUGGCUGGAGACAGGGUCUGUUUCGCCAUUGCAUAGACGAGGGUGCACCAACCCCACUGCCGUUUAAUGUCGCUGUAUCUGGUGCUGGUUGUUAUCCGGCUAGAGAUGUUGGAUACAUCAAAGCAGCUGCUGCACUCUGCAUUGUUUGUCUGAUUGCUGAUGCUGUGGCAACUGUUCUCACUGCACUCGGAUUGAGAGCCAAGGACCACAGGAACAAACACACCUACUACAGAUUUGCUGUUCUCUGCAUGGGAUUUGCACUCCUGGCGCUCCUCUUAGCUCUUAUUAUAUAUCCAGUGUUCUUCGCAGCGGAGCUUAAUUUAGGAAAUCGACCGAUAUGGGAGUUUGGUUGGGCUUAUGGUGUCGGCUGGGGUGCCGCGAUAUUUCUAUUUGGUGGUGUUGUCCUCCUCUUCUGCGACAAAGAGAGCGAGGAAAUUUACUACAAAGAGCGUAAAAUAGUUCGUGAAGAAGUAACCGGUGGUAACAAUACGAUGACAGGCCAUAGGAUUGGAGCCCAUGGCACAUUGAGAAGUGGUAUGACCCACGCCUAGUGGCAUUGUACCCUGCCCGAUGUUGUUCUCUAGGUGAAAUUCAUAUAUUUUUCAUUAUUUAUCUCUGAUUUUUGAAUUUUAAUUUGAAUUUCAUUGAGCACGGAACCCCCGAAAAAUUGAAAUUUAUGAUGAAUAUUCAGAGAACUUUACGAUGAGAACUGCCAUUGCUGCGCCACAGGUUAAUAAAUCAUUUUUUGUGUAUUUA